AUGGCGUCCGCGAAAACACAUCGUCGAAAUUCAACGGGGAAUACUUGUCACGAUAGAACUGAUGAUCGGCUAAAGAGGGAACAUUUUCUUCACCCAAACUCUGAUCAAAUAGAUCUUAAUCUGCUUCUCCAGGCUGUCCUAGAUAUUAACGAGAAAUUGAAUGAAAAACAAGGAGACACAACUGAACGAAAAAUGGAAGAUGUAGCAGAAACCCGAGUGAAGUUAACUUCGAAGGGUUAUUGGGACGAUGCAAGAGGGGUUAAAGAUUUCGACGACACAGCUUCAAGACAUUCAUCAGUGUCUACAGCAUCUAGAUCAAGGCCUAGAAGUGCUGUAAAUCUAAAUGAAUCAAGGCGCCCGGCGCCUCUUGAACGCAAAAAUAUGUCGUUCAGUAACACAACGGUUGACGCUAUUGAUAGAGAAAACCAGAGACUGUUAAAAGUAAUUACAAGAACAAGAGGAAGGCCGAAGACGGCGCAACCGAAAAAAGCUGUCUCAGAACCCUUGAGGGUGCAAACAUCGUCUGAAGUGAAUAGAUACAGGUUUCAAAGAAAAGUUGACAUGGAAAACCAGGUAAGAAAAAAAGCUUUAAUAAUAAUAUUAUAAGCAACUUCUGAAUUGAGGGGUCGAAAAUGAAUCGAGUCUAGUUGAUUUUAAUAUAUACUUACAGAAGAUCUGUAAAGUAAUCUUCCAUCAAGGCAUUAUUACUUUGUUUUCUUAAUUUGUUUGAAAAGUAUACAGUCUACAAUGUAAUUACUUUUCAAAGCGAUAAAUAAUACAUCACUGACGCUUUUUCAGCAGUCUGUGGAAUGAAUGUCUCAAAAUACACAAAGAAUGUUUCAGCCACUUAACAAACCAGCCUUUAUUUUCAUGCUGUCCCUAAAACGUGAACUUGGGCGUGUACACCAAUUUUGUUUUCAUUGUGAAACAAGCUGAUAAGCGCUCUUCUGUGAGUAGUUUAUGCAGUACAAAAGCAGCUAGCUGGAGAGCAAUAGACUCACUUGAACAAGACAAAAAGGGUUUUAAAUUAUAAUUAAUUCCCUUGUUUUUCCUCUCCCAGGGCAAUCUCUUAUUCUGACCAACACAUAUGUGAUAAUUUUCUAUCACUAGCUCCAUAGGGCUUGUGUACAUGUAGAUGCAUACUGGUCUUCUUGGUUGCUACAUGUAUAAUCUCGUUGGCAUAUCAAAGUUCAGAAAUAGCCCUUCUGCAUGUUUACAUCAGGGAAGUAAAUUUCACCACCAAGUCUCAUUUUCAAAAUAUAAAGUCGCAAAGUUUUACACAAAUGAAUUCCCAAGGCAGUACAGUUGAAAAAAAAACCCACGCACUAAGAGUGCAAAUGCAAAGAAUUUUGCUCACUAACAAGGCUUGGUGGUGAAAUUUGCUCAUCUGAUGUAAUCACAUAAGGGCUGUUGCUUGUCUUGCUUCCUUCUGUAUGUUACCAGUGCUCCUUGCUCCAACCAUUUUUGCCAUGGCAAAUUUAAAAAAUUUUUGAAUUGCAGAUAAAGUUAGCCAGCAGUGUGUUCAGGGUCUUGUGUGAAGCUAUAGUGUUUUUAAUAGUUACUAUAUGGUUAAGUUUUUAAAGUUUACAGUGUAAGUGAGAUAGUGAAUUUAUACUCUAGAUUACACUCUAUCAUAUUAUUAUAUAUACAGAACCCAAGAAGAUUCAUGUGUUAAGUAAAAUCACCUUAAAACAGUUGCAUAAAAUAUUAUUUACACUGCAUAAUAUUUUCUAUCCGAAGCCCUGACGAACUACUAUUUUAGCCAAUAAUUAGGCAGCCCCAAGUAACUCCUGUGCCCGGUUUAAAAGGUGGAUAGCGCUAUCUGGUGAAUAAAUCUCUAUCCAGUGGAUAGUGCAAUUGGUUUCCCAAAUACUUAUCCACGGGAUAGCAAUUUAUCCAGUGGAUAUCGCUAUCAAACAUUUGAACAACUGGGGCCUGAUCUUAAUUAAUGUCAGGGGCACCCAACGACGGUUUCCUCCUACCACAUUGAAAACAGUUCUUAGGCCAUCCCGAGUACUUUAAGAUCUCUAGAAAUGCGUUCUAAGCGGCACUGUGAAAUUUGUAUCUGUUCGGUCAUCCUAGGGGAACUUGAGCCUUUUCGAAAUUACAAGGGCUUCAGCAUUAUUUUCCCGAAAAUUUUAGAUGCAAUUUAACGUAUUACGAAAGUGAGAAUUUUUCUGAUUCCUCUCCCUAUCACAAUUUUUAAUCCAAAUAUUUUUGGUUUCCUUUUUUUCAACAAAAAAUCGCCUUAACUGGGGAAUGAAAUGUGAAAAAUCAAAAUUCAGAAAAUUGUAGGGGAUAUAUUACCUUCGAAAAUUGUACAUGAAUAUGUGGUCGUCUAGACCUUUUUAGCCAUCCUCAAGUCAAAGAAAAUUCUAGGCAAUAUUUGCUUCUCCGAACAGAUAUUUUACAGAAAACGGUCGUUGGGUGCCCCUGUUAAUGUUCUCUUUUUGAUUAACAAGGACAAAUCAGGCAAACUGGAGGAAAACCUAGCAGACGAUCAAAGUCGUCUAGGGAUUACUUAGUUAAUUGCACUCAAAGUAAAAUAUGUAGGGUUGUAAAAAUAAAAAUAAUCAUUCAUUGCAAAUUUUUUUCCUUUUCAUUGGCCAAGAGCCCACCAAGUGACCUGCAAAUAACUUCCUACAAAUAAUGGUCUGCUAAUGUGCAAUGUCAUCUAACUAAUUGUUUGGCUGCAAAUCAUAAAUUACUCUUCUCAUGCGUUAAUGAAACCAUGCUUUUCUCCUUCUUGCGAUCACUCUUGCAUGGAAAUGGCAAAUCGCUUCGCUUCCAGAAGAUAUUUAUUAAAAAAACCAACUCGGUGAUCAAAUAAUGAAACAAUGAUUGAACUCGGUUAUCGCAAAAUAUCGUGAUUUGUCAGUGUUUCGCAGACCAAUUAUUUGCCUCAGCCUUUAGCUUCGGCAAAUCAUUGGUCACAAUAUUUUGCUCAACCUCGUCCAAUAAUAUUAAAUUGUUAAUUAGUUUUCACAAUAAUAUACAGACUGCAAUUCAUGCAAGGACCACUAUACCAUGCACAAUACUCUGCAAAACUAGUCAAGACUAGUUUUCUGUGCUUAGUUAUGCACAAGUCACUGCACAGUUGACAAGUGACAAAUAAAAUUGUUCCCCAUCUUGUCUACCAUCUGUCAGAAUAAGAUGAGAAGCAGGGAUGGUUAAUUUUGCAUUUUCUUGUUUUCAUCGUAAAUCAUAAAUUAUGGCUAAAAUGCAGAGGUUGGUUAAAAAAUGAUUAAGACAAUGAUUUCAAAUGAUUUUGAUGUAGCAUACAGUGUAUAUUAUUGUAUUGCAAUAUUGUGGUCUCUUCGUCAAAUAUUAAUAUUCAUAUCUUGGGAAGGAUGUCACAGGGUUCGUACAGGUCAUGGAAAAUCUGGAAAGUAAUGGAAUUAAAGAAUUUCAUUUUUCGGGCCUGGACAGUCAUGGAAAAUUAAAAUUUUGUUUGAUAGAUUAGUUAAUGUAUAAUUUAUGACAAAGCAAGGAUAAUGUGAGAUAGAGAAGAGUAAUGUAUACAGAGCAUACAGCACACAUUUCAGCGAACAUGAGAGUUUAUGUCUGUUGAACUGUUUAUGGUAGAAAAAUACCUUAAAACUAGAAAAGUGUUGAAAAUUUUUGAAAGUAACAGCUAAACCUAAGGUCAUGAAAAACUUUAAAAGGUGAUAGAAAAGUUAUGGAAAGUCAUGUAAUUUGAAGAGCUCAAAAGAAUGCGAACCCUGUAUCAGCAUUUCCCAAUGUAUUGGUUUAUCGUUACAACCCUAACUCAAAAAAGCAUGUUGUAGGAAUGGCAAGCAAUAUCAAUGUAAAAGGAACCUCAAACUUCUAUAGAGGGUUUUCACUCACGUGGCCAUCAUCUAUGCAAAUUUAUUUGAACAAAAGAAAGUUUUUGCAUAAGAAAAGAGACCAACUCCCACAGGAUUAGUUUGGGACACCAACAUGGCCACGGUUUCAUUGUUUUGGGACACCAAUACGGCCGCCAUGAUGUCAUGUGAAAACACUCUAUACUAAAACUGAUUAUUUUUCUUUCUUCUUCCUUCUUAAGAAAUUGCUGCAAAGACUUGAAGCCAUUACACCAACAAGAAGUUUGUCAAGAGACUCAUUACUCAAAGACCACCUAAAACAAAAACAGUACUCAAAAACAGCCUCAAGAAGUCGACCAUCUAGUGCGAAGAGUACAACAUCGAGUGUCUCCCAUUUUUCACGUUCUCCCAGUGAGUCAAGUCUGAUGAUUGGAGAUUCGCUGAGUGUUGCAAGUUCCAGGAUAUCAAGUGGCUCACGUCGAUCUGUGCAGGGAAGAAAAAUUUCUAGACCUGUAUGGGAAUCUGGGUGGUAG